AUGCAAGGGAAGCCAACUACUAAUGAUAACACACCGGGAUCAAGGAAAGCUGGGAUGUCCUCUACCUUUAGUAGGUAUAAAGAUGUAAAGGCUGCACUGGGGUUGGUUCCGGUAUGGAUUAUAUGUUUAACAUACCCCAUAGUGAACGCUCAAGUUAUAACCUUCUUUGUUAAGCAAGGCAGCACUAUGGACAGGUCGCUACAACCAGACUUUCAGAUACCCGCAGCUUCAAUUCAAAUCUUUCUCACUGUAUCCGUCGUUCUAUUUGCAGCAACAUAUGACCGCAUCUUUGUUACAAUCACUCGAGCUUUUACUGGCAAAUCUAACUCUAUUACUUCACUUCAGAAAAUUGGUGGUGGCAUAUUUGUUUCAUCCAUAACAAUGGUUGUAGCAGCUAUAGUGGAGAACAGAAGGCUUGAAAUUGCUCAAAAGUAUGGACUGAUUAAUGAUCCAAAAGCAACAGUUCCUAUGGUUAUCUGGUGGUUGGUUCCACAAUAUGUCUUGUCGGGUCUUUCCCUUGUACUCGCCCAAGUUGGCUUACAAGAAUUUUUCCAUGAUCAAGUUCCCUAUAAGAUAAGGAGUGUGGGUCUGUCCCUGUACUCAACUAUAUUCGGCAUUGGAGAUUUCUUCAAUGUCUUCCUUAUUUAUGUCAUUCAGAAGGUAACAAGUGCAGGAGGUCAACACGGAUGGCUAGCAAACAACAUGAAUCAAGCGCAUUUAGAUUACUUUUAUUGGUUUCUAGAUGGACUUAGUAUGUUGGAGCUGGUUGCAUUCUUAUGUUUCGCAAGAUCAUAUGUUUACAAGCAAGGAGCUCCAAUGUGA